AUGGCUGACCCUAAGAUUGAGAAAGGCCUAGCUGAACCAGAAGCGCCAAAGACUAUCGAGAGUGCGCUUCGACUACCAGCCCAGGGCAGGGCGCCCGGGAAGAAGCUGAAGAAAGACACCAAAAAUGAUCCAGGUGACAGUUUUUCGCAUGAGUACGUUUCGUUCCCCCCAUUUCCUGGCAGAGCGGAUGAUGAGACUUGGGAGGAAAGUCGAAAGGAGCAAGCGUCGGCGGAUGCAGAGCCUGUAGAGGAGAUUCAAAGGGAACAACCACCAAUGGAGGUAAAUUCAAACGAGCAGGAGUCGGCCAGCGAGUGGAAGCAGCGGCCACGCAGAGCUUCAUCGUUGUGGUUCUGGAACGGGAGAUGA